UCCAUUUCUUUGUCUCUCUCCCGGUCUUAAAAAUCCAACGCGGCCGCCGGACGCGCAUUGCUCUUCCUACCUCCCUCCCUGGUUCGCCUCCCCGCCCCCUCUUCCCCCCUGCUCCUCCCCUUCUUCCCCGGGGGGCGGGCGUUCUUGGAGCCGGAGCUUCUGGAGCUGCUGCUGCUGCUGACGCCGCCGGCGGUGGUCCUGUAGGUGGCGGUUCGCAAUGGGGAGGAGCAGCCGCGCCUGCUCCGUCCUUGGCUCAGCCCUGCUCCUGCUGCUGCUCUCGCUCGGCUCCGCCGCCGCGCAGAAGGGCUCCACCUGGAAGACCCUGAGUGGCAAGGCUCCAGCAAUUAUUGCCAAGGGCGGCUUCUCAGGCCUUUUUCCAGAUUCCAGUGGUAAUGCUUAUCAGUUUGUUGGAAUUGCUAGCUCUCCUGACACAGCCAUCUCGUGCGAUGUUUGGUUGACCAAGGAUGCCGUUGGCAUCUGCCUUCCAAACAUAAAUAUGGAUAACUGCACCACCAUAUCUGAUCAAUUCCCACAGGGGAAGAAGACCUACAAUGUUAAUGGUGUGUCUACAGCAGGCUGGUUCUCUGUCGACUUUACAAUCACUGAUCUGCAAAAUGUAACCUUGAAGCAAUCAAUCUUGUCCCGUCCGUAUUACUUCGAUGGUUUAUGGCCAAUAGUUCCUGUUGAUGCUGUUUUGUCCCAAUUUAAGGUCCCUGCUGUUUGGUUAAAUGUGCCGCUUGACAGUUUCUACAGCCAGUUUAAGCUCAACAUGAGAAGCUAUAUCCUAUCUCUAACAAAACAAUACAUCGUUGACUACAUUUCAUCGCCUGAAGUGAACUUCCUCACAAGCAUAUCUGGAAGAGUUAGCAAGAAGACAAAGCUUGUGUUCCGAUUUCUUGAUGAACGCUCUAUUGAGCCAUCUACAAACCAGACAUAUGGUUCAAUGUUGAAAAAUCUAACUUUCGUCAAGACUUUUGCUUCUGGAAUACUUGUCCCUAAAAACUAUAUCUGGCCGGUCACACCUGAUAAUUAUCUGCUGUCCUAUACUUCAGUCGUUGAUGAUGCUCAUAAAGCAGGGCUAGAAGUCUAUGCUGCUGGUUUUGCAAAUGACUUUGCUAUCAGCUACAACUACAGCUAUGAUCCAUUGACAGAAUACCUUUCCUUCAUUGAUAAUGGUGCCUUCUCUGUUGAUGGUGUAUUGUCCGAUUUCCCUAUUACCCCUUCAGAGGCAGUCGGUUGCUUUAGUAACCUUAACGACAGCAAGAUAGAUCAUGCUAAACCUCUAGUAAUCUCUCACAAUGGUGCCAGUGGUGACUACCCAGACUGCACUGACCAAGCUUACCAAAAGGCAGUUGCUGAUGGUGCAGAUGUCAUUGACUGUCCUGUUCAAGUGACCAAAGAUGGCAUACCAAUAUGCAUGAGUUCCAUUGACCUGAUGGAUGUUACUACUGUUGCAACAUCACAAUUUGCCACUCCAGCAGUUACCAUAACAGAUCUUAAGCCUGUUCCUGGAGUCUUUUCCUUCAACCUCACUUGGGAUGAUAUUUCGAAGAACCUGAAGCCCAUGAUAUCAAACCCAUUGAGCAAGUUCCAACUAUAUAGAAAUCCAAGAAACAAGAAUGCCGGGAGUUUCAUGAGACUAUCAGACUUUUUGGCCUUUGCAAAAGAUAAGGAUUUGUCUGGAAUCAUGAUCACUGUAGAGCGUGCUGCAUUCAUGGCAGAGAAGCUUGGAUUUGGUGUGGUAGAUGCAGUGAUCAAAGCCCUUGAUGACUCUGGUUACAGCAAACAGACUGCCCAGAAAGUUAUGAUCCAGUCAACGAACAGCUCAGUUCUAGUGAAGUUCAAGCAGGAAACCAAGUAUGACCUUGUCUACAUGAUCGAGGAAGAUGUCAGAGAUGCUGCGCCUUCCUCCCUUGCAGACAUUAAGAAGUUUGCCAGUGCUGUUUCUGUCAGCACCAAAUCCAUUUUCCCAACAACCAAUCAAUUCUUGACAAACCAGACCAAUAAUCUCGUCACAUCCCUUCAAUCUUCUGGCCUCCCAGUUUAUGUUUAUCUGCUCAUGAAUGAGUUUGUUUCUCAACCGUAUGACUUUUUCUCAGACGCCACGGCACAGAUCAAUGGUUAUGUGCAAGGUGCUAAAGUGGAUGGAGUCAUCACAGAUUUCCCUGGGACUGCUCACAGAUACAAAUUGAACUCUUGCAUGGGAAAGAAUGCACCGGACUUUAUGCGGCCUGCGCAGCCAGGGGGCAUCCUUUCAGUCAUGGACCCAGGUGCUCAGCCACCAGCGGCAGCCCCAAUGCCGCUCUUGACAGACUCUGACGUUGCAGAACCACCCCUACCUCCGGUCAGCAACACCACCACAGCGCUGGUCUUCGAUUUCCAGCCGCGGGACCCCGAGGACGUCGCCGCCGCGCUGGCGGUGUUGUCGCGGGGCGAGAUACCUGGUGAAAGCUCUCCGGCCAUCUCGAUCGAUUCAUUCAUGCAGGGGAGACGAGGUUCGCAAUCCAAGAACGGUGAUAUUUAUUCAGAUUUGCCUGCGAUGAUGGAUGUUCAGGCGUGGUUCGGAGGAGAACGCUGCGGAGGGUCCCCGGCCGGCGGUGCUGGCUCGUCGGGCACUGCCGCGAGGGGGACGCCGUCGGCGCCGCCGACAGGUUCAGCGAGCGGUGGCCGACCGGCCUGGUCGUCGGGGAGCACGACUGCCGGGACUACACCAACGGGCUGGUUGAGGCCCUGACAGGUGAAAAACGUGUCCUGGAGACGCUCAGAUCGGCGGCGGCAGCGGGGCGGCGCCGCCGUGAUGGAUGAUCUGAAUACCACUGCCAGUGUGUAGUACUAGUACAUGGUGAAGUAUCUACCAUAGUCUUGCGGAUUCUAACCAGAGACACCAUGGUAUAAAUUGCAAGGGAAUGGGGAGAGGAGCUAAGAAGCCGCACCGCCGCACCGGGCAGUGUGGUAUCAGAGAAAUGAGGACACUUUGCUUAAGAUGAGGCAAAGAUGAAGUAGCAAUGGUGAUCCAUGAAAUCAGGUGAAGUUCACUGAACAGGAAGAAGGUUUCGGUUCGAUCUGUUGUCCGUAUCUUUUGCCCUAUAAACUAUCUGAAGAAUGAAAUACUACAAACCGUGCAUAGCAAGUAUACUACCUGAACCUGAACUAAACAAUUGUCACCC